AUGCUCGCAUCAUCUCUCUCUCUCCUCGCCUUUGGCGUGGCAUCCGUCCACGCGCACGGCUACCUCACCAUCCCCUUCUCCCGCACUCGUCUCGCAAGUGAAGCCGGCAUCGACACCUGCCCCGAAUGCGCCAUCCUCGAGCCCGUCCCCGCCUGGCCCGACCUCAAUGCCGCCGACGUCGGUCGCAGCGGACCGUGCGGUUACAACGCCCGUGUGAGCAAGGAUUACAACCAGCCGGGACCGGCAUGGGGCAACUCCACCGUCGUCGACUACAAGGCCGGCGACAUCGUUGAUGUGCAAUGGUGCGUCGACAACAAUGGAGAUCACGGGGGUAUGUUCAGCUACCGAAUCUGCCAGGACCAAGAGCUCGUCGACAAGUUCUUGACGCCCGGAUACCUCCCCACCAUCGCGGAGAAACGAGCGGCCGAGAAGUGCUUCGAGGCUGGACUUCUGAAAUGCACUGAUGUCCCCGGCCAGAAGUGCGGGUUCAACCCCGACUGUCCCGCCGGUGCACCGUGUCACAGGACGGACUGGUUCACAUGUGGAUCCUUCAACGACGGGUCGAGGUGCCAGAGCGUGGACAGGGCCCCGAAAGGGUCGUGCUACACCUCCAUAGCCGGCGGAUAUACCGUUUCGUCCAAGAUCAAGAUACCGAACUACUCCUCUAAGCGCACCCUCCUCUCCUUCAAGUGGAACUCGCAGCAGACGGAGCAGGUCUACCUUAGCUGCGCGGACAUCUCCAUCAGCGGCGGUGACACUCCUCCCCCUAAGCCAUCCACUUCCUCAACCGUCCCCACAUCCACCGUCAAGAGCGAGGCGCCCAGCGCCACCACCAUUGCAAAGCCUACCACCACCGCAAAGCCCACAGAAGCCGACCCAUGCGCCGUCUCGACUGACUCGAGGGUCGACUGUGGAAACCCUGGCAUCACGCAAAGCGGGUGCGAAUCGAAGGGAUGCUGCUGGAAGGCGUUGACACCUAACCCCAACAACAAGCCUUGGUGUUACAAGAAGGCGUAG